AUGUUCCCGAGGGAGACCAAGUGGAACAUCUCGUUCGCUGGCUGCGGCUUCCUCGGCGUCUACCACAUUGGCGUGGCCUCCUGCCUCCGUGAGCACGCGCCCUUCCUGGUGGCCAACGCCACGCACAUCUACGGCGCCUCGGCCGGUGCGCUCACCGCCACGGCUCUGGUCACUGGGGCCUGCCUGGGUGAAGCAGGUGCAAACAUUAUUGAGGUGUCCAAGGAGGCCCGGAAGCGGUUCCUGGGCCCUCUACACCCUUCCUUCAACCUGGUGAAGACCAUCCGUGGUUGUCUAUUGAAGACCUUGCCUGCGGAUUGCCAUGAGCGUGCCAGUGGACGCCUAGGCAUCUCCCUGACUCGUGUUUCAGAUGGGGAAAAUGUCAUCAUAUCUCACUUUAGCUCCAAGGACGAGCUCAUCCAGGCUAAUGUCUGCAGCACUUUUAUCCCAGUAUACUGUGGCCUCAUUCCUCCUACCCUCCAAGGAGUGCGCUAUGUGGACGGCGGCAUUUCAGACAACUUGCCACUCUAUGAGCUGAAGAAUACCAUCACAGUGUCCCCAUUCUCAGGCGAGAGUGACAUCUGCCCACAGGAUAGCUCCACCAAUAUCCAUGAGCUUCGAGUCACCAACACCAGCAUCCAGUUCAACCUGCGCAAUCUCUACCGCCUCUCAAAGGCUCUCUUCCCACCAGAGCCCAUGGUUCUCCGAGAGAUGUGCAAGCAGGGCUACAGAGACGGACUUAGAUUCCUUAGGAGGAAUGGCCUUCUGAACCAGCCCAACCCCUUGCUGGCACUGCCCCCAGUUGUUCCCCAGGAAAAGGAUGCAGAGGAAGCCGCCGUGACUCAGGAGAGGACUGGAGUGGAGGACCAAUUGCAGCCCCAUGGAAAAGAUCGAAUUCUAGAGCACCUGCCCGCCAGACUCAAUGAGGCUCUGCUGGAGGCCUGUGUGGAGCCUAAGGACUUGAUGACCACUCUCUCCAACAUGCUGCCAGUGCGCCUGGCGACUGCCAUGAUGGUGCCCUAUACUCUGCCGCUGGAGAGUGCAGUGUCCUUCACCAUCCGCUUGUUGGAGUGGCUGCCUGAUGUUCCUGAGGAUAUCCGGUGGAUGAAAGAGCAGACAGGCAGCAUCUGCCAGUAUCUGGUGAUGAGGGCCAAGAGGAAACUGGGUGAUCAUCUGCCCUCCAGACUGUCUGAGCAGGUGGAACUGCGUCGAGCCCAGUCUCUGCCCUCUGUGCCACUGUCUUGUGCCACCUACAGUGAGGCACUGCCCAAUUGGGUACGAAACAACCUCUCACUGGGGGACGCGCUGGCCAAGUGGGAGGAAUGCCAGCGUCAGCUGCUGCUGGGUCUCUUCUGCACCAAUGUGGCCUUCCCUCCAGAUGCCUUGCGUAUGCGUACACCUGCCAGCCCUGCCUCCACAGACCCCGCCACCCCACAGCACCCACCUGGCCUCCCACCUUGCUGAGAACCAUCAUUCCCCAUUUCCUUGGUUACCAGCCAAGCUCCGAGUUGCUCUGCCCCACUUAAGAGGAGCCCUGGGGCAGACCAAGUCCCUGUCCCUUGGCUCCCUUACAUGCUGUGGAAUGAGGACAUAGGGCCCUGCAUAGCUGGAAAGGGGGUUUUUGAUGUAAAACCUUUUACCAGCCGCUCCAAUGCUGCUCCUGGUAGGGAGGGAUGAGGAGUAACCUCCCCUGGAGCCCACAGAGCCCUUCCCUUCACCUGUGCCUUACUGUCCUCCUCCUGCCCACCACCUUUUCAGUGCAGGGUCAGUCCUGAGAACUCCACAGCUGCUGCUGCUUCUCCCAGCCUUUCAAGUUUCCUUGCAGAGUGUGUGAAGAAUUAUUUAUUUUUGCCAAAGUAGAUACAAUAAAAGCCACAGCUCAGCUUCUGCCUUCCUCACUUCUGCAUGUUACUCAUGCCUCUGAUUGAGGUCAGAUGGGCAGUGUCUCAGCAGCUAACAGUUGGGCCUCAUAGACUUGCUUUGAGCCCUGGCAACUGGAGACCCUCCCCUAGGGUCACCCUCUGGCAAGGGCACAUGUAUGCUGUUCCAUUUGCUCUGAGGCCUGCUGACUGUCUCUUGAGCAGUGUUUCAAGCGCCAGCUGAUAUGUUUAGGACUGAGAACCUUAAGGUAUAAUAAAAACUAAAAUGUUGGGUUGGAGUA